AUGAGUCGGUCUGUCUCGGCAUCGUCGAUCAUGUUAAAUCACAUUGUUUGGGAAGGUGACUGCUUGGUGAUUCGAUUUGGGCGACUCAAAAACGACCAAGAGGGGAAAUACUGCGCCCCCCGAAAUCAAGAGAACGGCCCCGUCCUGUUGUUUGGCCACAAUGCGAAAGAACGCUUUGCAAAGUGGCUCUCGGUGAUUUGUUCCGCCUCCAAGGACACAAUAUUGUCCAUGGGGCUCAACAUCACAGGGAUUGGAACGCAUUCUCUGCGCAAAGGUGUGGCCACUGCUCUGACAAAUACGCCAGGCGGUCCUCAGGCAGUGUCGGUUUGGCUCCGCGCUGGAUGGAGCCUGGGUGGAGCCAGGGUCGAUACAUUUUCGCUGGCUCGGGUGGUGAUCAAUUUGUAA